UGUUUUAUUAUUGCCUUCAUCUCAUCAUUCCGUCAAUAGUCUAUUUGAUCAUAAAUUUAUAUUCCUUACAAUCGUAAUGCGACGUGUAUAUGUUUAUAAAAACAAAUGUGAAGAUGAUGGAAAACUUAUGGCUGUGGAAGAUUCGAUCGAAACGUUCAAAUCGCAGAUAUCCUUGCAUUUCAAUAUCGGGAAGGAAAACUUAAAAUUAUACUCGUCAAAUGGUUGUGAGAUUGUAGACCUAAGGGUAAUAAGAGAUGAGGAGAAACUGUACCUUUCUUUAGAUACAAACUCGUCUGAAUCGUGCGAGACUGUUACUAAUUUAGGUUAUUUUAGUCAAUCAAGUAUUGACAGUGAACGCAUAGUGUCCGAUUGGAUAACGCUUAAUGUUGGUGGAAGACAUUUUACAACGUCUAGAGGAACACUUCUAGCUAAAGAACCUUUAUCUAUGCUUGCUCGUAUGUUCGCUGAUGAUAAUAAUGUAUAUUUGAUGAAUCCAAGUGCCACAGAUUCUACAGGCGCGUUUUUAAUAGACAGAAGCCCGGAUUAUUUUGAGCCAAUACUUAAUUAUUUGAGACACGGUGAUGUUAUAUUAGAUAAACAUAUUAACCCUAAAGGAGUACUGGAAGAAGCAGUAUUUUAUGGUAUUGAUUCCAUGAUACCACAUUUAAAUCAGUUGAUAGAAGAGUCUACAUCAAACAGUUCCAGUAAUCAUUGUCUAACACGGAAGGAUGUUGUACGGUCAAUUAUAUUGACACCUACAACUUCCGAGUUAAGGUACCAAGGUGUUAACUUGGCAGGAGCUGAUCUAAGCAGACUGGAUUUAAGAUACAUUAAUUUUAAGUAUGCAUGUCUGUCCGGGUGUAACUUGAGUGGAGCGAACUUAUCGCACUGUUGCUUGGAGCGUGCUGACUUGUCUCAUGCCAAUCUUGAGGGUACACAACUUUUAGGCGUAAAGGCAUUAUGCGCCCAUAUGGAAGGUGCAAUCUUAAGAGGUUGUAAUAUGGAAGAUCCUGCUGGGUCGCGGGCUGUGUUAGAAGGAGUUAACCUAAAAGGUGCAAAUUUAGAAGGAAGUAACAUGGCUGGUGUAAAUUUAAGAGUGGCAACACUAAAAAAUGCCAACCUUCAAAACUGUGAUCUCAGAACCGCUGUAUUGGCGGGUGCUGAUUUGGAGUGCUGUGAUUUAUCGGGCAGUGAUCUUCAUGAAGCAAAUCUCCGAGGGGCAAAUCUAAAAGAUGCUGCCUUCGAGUUAAUGUUGACACCACUACAUAUGUCGCAGACUAUACGCUAAUAUGUAUUUAAGAUCGUAAUUAAGAAUUGGUU